GUGGGUGUCUUUCUUGUGCCCUUGCUGCAAAUUAAGAUAAGCACCUACAACCCCAAACACCCAUAACUACAGAAGUGAACGGUCGUACCACUGGCUGCUCCAAUGCCCGAAAACGAUUACAUGGCAGAGAAGGAAAGCCCUGUUGAAUGCAUGGAAGAAGACAACAAGAAGAAAGCUAAGAAAAAGAAGGGCCAGACAUGGGCUAAGGAGGGACCACGGGAUCCUUUCGAACUGCUCAACUCCCUUCCUGAGGAGAAGCAACAGGAGAUUCAGAAAGCCCUGCACCUCUUUUCUGUGGGCCAGGGGGCUCCAAAGAACCUCAAGGAGGCUCUUAGACACAAAUAUCAGUUUUGGAAUACCCAGCCAGUUCCUAAGAUAGAUGAGGAAGUGACAUCGCAAGGGCCUAUAGAAUCAGAGAGGUCUGGUGUUCGAGAGGAACCAUAUUCACUCCCACAGGACUUCAUUUGGGACACGCUCGACUUGGAAAACCAAGAGCAGGUGAGAGAACUGUGUGACUUCCUGAAUGAAAACUACACUGAAGAAGAUGACAACACACUUCGCUUCCAUUACUCUCCACAAUUUUUGCUCUGGGCUCUUUGUCCCACUGGUUGGCAGUCAGAAUGGCAUUGUGGAGUCCGGGUAAACUCCAGUCACAAACUAGUGGGAUUCAUAAGCGCCGUUCCUGCCACUGUUCAAAUAUUUGACACAGAGCUGAAGAUGGUGGAGGUGAAUUUCCUUUGUGUGCACAAAAAGCUUCGCUCUAAAAGAGUAACACCAGUCCUGAUCAAAGAGAUCACCAGACGGGUUCAUAAACAGGGUAUAUUUCAGGCAAUCUACGCUGCCAGUGCAGUUCUACCAAAGCCCAUCGCAAACCCCAAGUCCUGGCACAGAUCUCUGAAUCCACGCAAGCUGAUUGAGCUGAAUUUCUCAUCUUUGUCAAGUAACACCACCCUGCAGCGUGCCAUCAGGCUAAACCGGCUUCCACAGACAACAAAAACUCCAGGCCUUCGUCCCAUGAUCGAACAGGAUGUGCCUGUGGUUCACGAUCUACUGAGAAAACAUCUAACGGCAUUUCAUCUCUCUCCUGUCCUGUCCCAGGAGGAGGUUCAGCAUUGGUUCUUGCCUCGAGACUCUGUUAUUGACACAUAUGUUGUAGAGAGCAUAGAUGGUGUCAUUACUGACAUGGUGAGUUUCUACACACAACUCUCUUCGGUUCUGAACCAUCCGGUGCAUAAAAGCCUGAAGGCGGCCUGUGCUCUCUACUGUAUCAGCAAGUCCACACCAAUCCAGCAGCUAAUGGAGGACAUCCUUAUCAUCUGUAAAGCAAGGGGCUUUGAUGUUUUUUUUGCACCAGAUAUAAUGGACAAUAAAGCGUUUUUUGAGUCACUUAAAUUCAGGAUGGGAGAUGAAUCCAAACAGUAUUACCUCUACAACUGGAGAUGUCCUGAAAUAGCAUCAGAGAAGGUGGGAAUUGUGUUGAAGUGAUGGCAUUUGUGUUCUUUCAUUCAUCCAGUUUCACAUCCAUGCAGUAUUUUUUGCAAGUAUUAUUAUGAUCAUAAACGUGUAUUUGGAUUUUUGUUCCUGUUUCAAUUGGUUCUUGGACUGUGUUUUGGACUGACUAAAGUUUUGUACAGUUUUGUCUUUGACCUGUGCGUUUAUAUAGACUGCUUACUGUUAUUUUCAAUGAUAACAUUGUAUUCGUUAAAUAAAUCUCUAU